UGAAAUACUGUAAUAUGAGUCUCUGUUGUGCACAGAGGAGACAGCUUUUAUUAUCGGAAUAUCCGGCCCUCCUAUAAAGGUAACUUUGAGGGAAGAAUGACGGGACAGGAGUCAGCGCCCAGGGCCAGAAAUGGGCAACAAACAAACCAUUUUCACCCCAGAGCAACUGGAUGCAUAUCAGGACUGCACAUUCUUUACAAGGAAAGAAAUUCUGAGGCUCUUUUACAGAUACCGAGAUCUAGCCCCACAGCUAGUUCCACUUGACUACACAGCCAAACCAGAUGUGACACUUCCCUAUGAACUCAUUGGCAGCAUGCCAGAGCUGAAGGACAAUCCAUUCCGCCAGCGGAUAGCAGAGGUUUUCUCCGAGGAUGGAGAAGGCAACAUGACUUUGGAUGAUUUUUUGGACAUGUUUUCAGUGAUGAGUGAAAUGGCUCCUAGAGACUUGAAAGCCUACUAUGCCUUUAAAAUUUAUGAUUUUAACAAUGAUGAUUACAUAUGCAAAUCGGAUCUGGAGAAAACAGUGAACAAGCUGACUCGAAACGAGCUCACCCCAGAAGAAGUCAACCUUGCRUGCAACAAGGUCAUUGAUGAAGCCGAUCUGGACAACGACGGCAAACUUUCUCUGGAAGACUUUCAGCAUAUGAUAGUACGAGCUCCUGAUUUUCUCAGUACAUUCCACAUUCGAAUCUGAAACUAGUGAAUGCAGAGAUGGAAAUGCUUCUUGAGCCUACAACAAACUUGUUUCAUUGGAGGUUACUGCCCAUG